AAAUAUAAAAUUUUAAAAUAAUUUUUAAUUUAAAUUUUUUUAACAUGUAUUAUUAAAAUACAAGUUAAUAGUAUUUUAAUUCAAUUAAUUACAUUUAAUUAGAAUAUCCAAUUUAAUUAAGUAUAAAAAAUUCAAAUUUUAUUCUAUUGACACGUAAACAGAAGAUCGGAGACUUUAACACAAAAAUUGACUCACUUUAAUAAUGCACACAUAACAUCAUCACUAAUCAUUAUGUUUAAACUGAUCCAUACAAAUUAGUCGUAGUAAUCAAUCUUAACAAUAAUUCUGUUUUUCUUUUUCAUAUAUGGUUGCUAAAAUGUCCAACGCAGUUAAUUACUUUUUUUUUUUGAUAAUCCAACACAGUUAAUUACUAAUCACACAUAAAUUUCUUGCCUUGUCUUAAAGCUAUUAAUGAAUUAUACUAAUUUUAUACGACACAAGUGUCACAAAACGACGUAACUUAAUGUAGUAAUAAACCUUGAAUUUAGGGGGAGGUGGAAUCUGGUGUGGGACAUGACAUGAUAGUGAUUAAUAAUACAUGUGGAGGAUGGUUGUUUCAUCACAAUACUAUGUACUACUAGUAUCUGCUGUACAACUUGUCUCCACUAGUUUGCUCAUACCUAUUGCCUUACCCUCUAUUUUUUGGAAUUCCAAUUCUUUUGGACUCUCAUAAUAAUUCUGAUUUCUUAGGAUGUCAUUUGAUUCAUGUGGAGGAUGUUUGUUUCAUCGCAAACUCUUGAUUUCACGCACUCAAGCACAUCUAAGAUUGAAUAAUUUAAAUUUUAAGAGUCGAAAUCGAAAUUAUAGAUAAGGAUUAAUUGCGUCAGUUUGAGGUUAAAGGACUAAAAGGCCCGAACCUAUUUGCCCGGACCUCGAAUAUGUUCGUAGGUCUGACUCUUCCUUUUAGAUAUAUGUAUAGUUUUGUCCUUUAAAAAAUACAUUGCUAGAAAACACUAAUAAAAUCAACAACUCGUCAAUUCCAGAUCAUACAAUUGAGAUUGAAAUAAAUUCAAGUUUUUCAGUUCAGAUUCAGCACAAAACUCAGCAACUGUCUAUAGUAUAGUUCAGGUUCAGCACAAGAAAAGCAAAAAUGGGUUUUCUAGAGCUUUUGGAAGCGGCUUCUAUGCCGGUUAUUCAAGUUCUGCUCAUUAGUGCAUUGGGAGCUUUUAUGGCUACUCACUAUUUCAACAAUCUUCUUUCAUCAGAAUUUAGAAAAUCCUUAAACAAGGUUGUAUUCUUUGUACUCACUCCUUCACUUGUGUUUUCAAGUUUUGCCAAGAGUGUUUCACUUGAAGACAUGAUAUCAUGGUGGUUUAUGCCUGUUAAUGUUGGACUCACAUUCUUAAUUGGAGGGAUUCUAGGAUGGAUACUAGUGAAGUUAUUAAAGCCUAAUUUGAAAGUCGAAGGUCUUAUUAUUGCUGCAUGUUCAUCAGGAAACAUGGGAAACCUACCUAUUGUGAUUAUCCCUGCAAUAUGUGAUGAGAAAGGAGCUCCAUUUGGUGCACAUGAUGUUUGCCGCAGCCAUGCACUCUCAUAUGCAUCUUUCUCUAUGGCACUUGGUGGGAUCUUCAUAUGGACCUAUACUUAUCAAACUAUAAGAAGCAGAUCAAUGAGAUUUAAGGAACUUGAGGCUACUCAGAUCAUAAAGGCACCAAACAAAGAUCUUGAAGGAAAUGCUAAUACUCCCCUUCUUAAGGGAAAAGACGAUGAAAGCACUGCGAUAGAAGUGGCACCGUCGAGUUAUAUUGAAGACGCCGAAAGCCAAAUUAUUGUUCAACAAGAUGUAUUAAAGAAGGAGAAUCAAUCAUUUCUCGCUAGAACCAUAGAAGUUCUACGCGAUCUUGUAGAAGAGCUAAUGUCACCGCCAGCAAUUGCUACAUUUUUCGGUUUCCUCUUUGGCGGUGUCGCAUGGUUAAGAAAUCUUAUAAUUGGAGCCAAUGCUCCAUUGAGAGUAAUCCAAGACUCACUUGUAUUACUUGGGAAUGGAACAAUUCCUUGCAUCACACUCUUACUUGGUGGUAACCUCACUCAAGGUUUGAAAUCGUCUAGUGUAAAACCAUUGACGCUCAUCAGCAUCAUUAUAACUCGGCUUUUGGUGCUACCUGUUAUUGGAUUGUUUAUUGUUAAAGCCGCGGCAAAUUUCGGCCUUCUCCCGGUGGAUCCUUUGUUUCAGUACACUCUAGUGAUGCAAUAUGCAAUGCCACCAGCAAUGAAUAUUAGUACUAUGGCUCAGCUGUUUGAUGUAGGAAAUGAAGAGUGUUCUGUUAUUCUGUUGUGGACAUAUAGUGCUGCAGCCAUAGCACUCACUGCUUGGUCAACAUUUCUCUUGUGGCUAUUAUCUAAUUAGUGUGCAUUUAGUUGCCGAUUUUUUGGACUCUGCGACCAUUACGUUGGUUGCAGAGUAAAAAAGAUUUUGUAUAUGAUCAUCUUUCAAGAGAUCUAAGAUCUCUUUUGUUUGGUUUGGUUUUGAUUUUCAUUGUUUAAUGUUAGUUACAAAAAAUUUACAUUGUUUUAGUUUUAGUUUUCUAUAAACACAGGGAUGAAUAUAACAAAAUAGAUUCUCAUUGGUUCAGAUAGAAUGUAAGAUGAAAAAAGAAUCACUUCCCUCAGUUUGUAUUUAUAGAAUCUAAGAUGAAAGUUUUGACUGUUAUUCUACUUAUAGUAAAAGUACUUUUGAAAAUGCUUACUUUUCAGCAUAUUUAUAAUGGUUUUAUUUUCUGUAAGAAAUAUCAUGGUGUUGUGGAGUUUAGGGAGGUGCUACUAGUGAAUUUUCAUUACGGAAAUACUCUGUGUUUUAAAAUGAUUGUCUAACAAAUAAAAUUUGUUUUAAAGUGAAUGUCAUUUUCACUUUUUAAGGUAAAAAUGAUUACUAUUUUCUUAAUUAUAUUAUUUAAUUUUUAUUUUAUACACUAUUUCUAACGUAUUUAUAAGAUUAAUUUAGUAACAAUAUCUUAUGAAAAUAUUAUUUCAUUCUUUAUUCUAUAAACAAAAACCUUAAAACAAUCAUUUGUUUUUUAUUUGUUUUUAGUUGGAGAUUUAAAAUUUUGAAAUCACUCCUCCUUCUAUUCUGUUGGGUGGGUUCAAAUAAUCCCAAGUGGAACCCAUCAAUUUAUUUAGAAAAGAAAGAAAAAUAAGAAAUUGAUUUAGAAAAGAAAGAAAAAAUGAGGAAAAAAAAAGAAAAAACAUAAAAAGUUUUUUUUUGGGUAGUGUUUGCUGUUUCUAAAGUGGGCAAAAACCAUAGGUUGUUGUCAUUCCUAACAUACUACAACGAAAAUUAUGCCUUGUAUCUCGACAAUGAUUUUUAUACCCUUAUAAAAUAUGUAUUUGAACGGAUUUAUUCCUGUAUAAAUUGGACAACCUGAAAAGCAGUAUUUCGGUUCUUGAAUUCAGCAACCGGACAACCCAUAAGUGAAGCUGGUGUGUGAAUGUAAAGGUGUUCUACACAAAGUGCUCCCUAAAAUUCAACAGGUAUGCUCCCUAAAAAGGUGUUUUUGGGCUGCAAGCAUGAAGCUUUACACAGGCUACCGAUUUGAUUUUUUUCCUGCACACACAAACCUACGAAUUGUGUCACCAACAAAUAUCUCUGUCUCUCUCCACAACAAAUACAUCCGUCUCUUCUCCAUCUCUCUACGCAACAAAAACAAACGGCCUUGAGCUUCACUAUGGCAAGACCUUGUGCGAGUUUGAAGGAAAUCAAUGAAAGUAAGAAACUCUGAAAAAUCGCGGUCAGAAUCCAUCACAAAUGGACAGUUUUGUCAAAGACCAAAGAGCACUUCGAAUUAAUUCUGGUUGAUAAAGAGAUUUACCAAUUAAUUUGAUGAAAAUAUUUGACAUUUACAGUUAGGGUUUCGUUUCAGAUUUGCUGUUAUUGCUAUGCAGUAUGCAAAGAUCUUACUCUCCCACUGUUUUCAAGAAACUCUAUUGGAACCUGUUUCCACUCCAAAACUACUGGAGGUAAGUUGUUGUUUCACUUUAUUGUACCAUUAUUCACCACUAUUGUUUUAUUCUGUAAAACCCUCGUGUUUAUAUUUGAUGCUAAAGACAAGAGAUCGAAAUCAAAGACAAUUGCAGGUAUGCUUGAAAAAAGUUAUAAUUAGGAGCUGUUGGUGCUACAGCUUUUAAGAGUUUUGAUUUUAAGGGGAAAGUUGAUUUAUGAAUCAUCCACUUCACAUUCAUGACAUUGAAGAAGAAGGUUCUGACCAAAUGGGAGAGGUUGGAGAGUUGACAGUCCCUCACACCGGAGACUCUCGUGAACAGGAUUUUAUACGACUUGACAAAUCUACCAAUGAUGUUGAACAAUCAGCUGUCAAAUUACUUGCAUCUAGGCACUGUUCAAGAAGGGAGUUAGUCAAUCUGAUGCUGAAAAGGCAGUUGGAUCGAGGCUAUAAUGCACCACCACUUAGGCUGAACAUAUGUAUCCUGAUUUAUUCUGGUCCUGUUUUGAUUUUUUUCCAGAUGCAAGCCCAGUUACAGCUUCAAGCAUGGGUCUGGCGAGUGCAAUUGCCAAACUUUGUUCUUUUUUCUUUGGUACAAUCAGCAUAAAUAAAUAACAGUCAACAACGUGACUUCUAUCUUCGUUUUGAUACAAUUUCAGAGAAUACCACUAUUAAAGUUCAAGUUUCCUUCUGGUGCAAAGGGCCUUUAUAUUUUAUUCAACUCUAUGUAUUGUAAACCUGGUCUGCCAACGAGUUUUUAAUAUCUUAUUGGAUCUCCCUGUGUUGCAAAAAUAGGAAAAAGAAGAUUGCUGAGAGUACGUAGAAGAAAUUUCAUAUUAAAAUUGUGAUUAGUAGAAAUAUUAAUAUAUUAUAAAUUAAUUUUCCUUUUUAAGUAAUAAAAUUUGUUUCAAAUAUAUAUAAUAUUUAUAUUGCAUUUUAAAUUGUUUAAAAAAUAGUUGUAGUGCAAAGAAACAAGUUAGGAAAAAAAUGUUGUGAGGUAGAUAGACGGGGACUCUGUUAAAAAGUUAGAAGCAUGCUCAAUAGAAUACAUUGAAAGGUCAUCUGAAUUACAAAAUUGACAAACUGAUUGUGUAUCUUAAACAUCGAACUCAUUUAAAGCAUAGUAGGACCACAAACUACCAAACCAAAAUCUAUGAAAUGGAACUGAUAAGAAUAAACAGAACUUA